AUGAGAAGUCCUCCGUGCUGGACCCUGCUGGCCCUUGGAGCUGUCUGUGUGGGCGCCAUGACCAUGGAAAUCCCCAUGAAUAUGCUGGUCAGAGAGACCUUGUCCUUGCUCUCCACACAUCAGACGCUGCUGACAGGCAACGAGACCCUAAUGAUUCCUGUUCCUGCCCAUAAAAACCAUCAUCUGUGCAUCGAGGAAACCUUUCGGGCCAUAGACACACUGAAGAAUCAGACUGUGCGGGGCGAGGCUGUGGACAAACUAUUCCAAAAUUUGCAUCGAAUUAAAAAAAUCAUCGACCAACAAAAAAAGAAGUGUGGCGAAGAGAGACGGAGGGUGAAGCAAUUCCUAGACCACCUGCGGGAGUUUCUUGGCGUGAUAAACACGGAAUGGAUGACAGAAAGCUGAGACUACACUGGCUUAGUGUAGCCAAAGCUUUUGGAGGGGCAC